AUUCUCAGGCAACAGUUCUCUCUCUCUCUCUCUCUCUCUCUCUCUCUCUCUCAACCUUUUCGUUGCAGGCUGGUGCUGCCCGGUGCCAAGGCUCCACAUCAAAAGAAAUUUACUCCUCCUUUAAUUAUGUUUGCGCAAGUCCCCUUGCUUUUUCUUUUCUUCUAUUGCUGGUAAACUUGUACAUCGAACUUGUACGGCAUUUCCCUUUUUCUUUUCUGAAACUUUGAAAACUAGGAAAUGGGGAGCUACAUAUUGAUGUAUCCUCUCUCUCUCUCUCUCUCUCUCUCUCUCUCUCUCUCUCUCAUAGUGUGUGUCUGUGUAUUCUAAAUGAUCAUAUUUUUGUAAGUGGGUUUCUUGAUUUGAAUCGAUAGUUUUGUGGUGAAGAUGGGAACAAAUGUGAAGAAGGGAGAAUCCAAGGGUGAAGGGUUGAUUGACUUGGUCUUCUCCUGGUCUCUUUCUGAUGUGCUCAACAGACAUCUUUACAAGGCCAAGGUUCAGCUAAUUCCAAAGACCUUUUCAUCAACCAAUGAGUAUAUGAACUCAUUUAUCUACCCCCUCAUUGAAGAAACGCACGCUGAUUUGUCCUCAAGCGUGGAGACAGCGAAUCGUGCUCCAACCCGUGAAAUAUGGACAGUUAAAAUAUCCAAAGACUUCAAACCUCCCAAGGACUUGUACUACAACAUUUCAUUGGAUAGGAAGAGAGAUACCGCGAAUGAUGAAGGAAUGUACGAGCCUGAGUUUGGAGAUCUCAUCGCCUUUACAGAGGUGAGACCAAGAUGUAUUGAUGAUCUAGACAGGCCUAAAAGUCCUUAUCUUAUUGCUUUAGUCCAAAGGGUGAACGAUUAUGGUUCUGGAAAAAUUGAAAUACGGGCUUCCAAGCCUAUCGUGCCCGGUGAAUAUGGAGGUACACAAGGGAAUAAGCAGAACAGAAGACUUUUUGUUGUUCACCUUACAAAUAUGAUAACUAAUCUGAGAAUAUGGACUGCAUUGAAGUCAGAGCUGGAAGGGGGAAACAUGAACAUCAUUAAAAGAGUGCUGCAAACUGAUUCCACUAUCGAGAACUGCUGUACCAAGUGCUUGUCUGAAGAGAGCAACCUAGCUGUCAUAUCCAUCAUCAAGAAUACUAUCAGCUCCUUUAAAUUGGACGCUUCCCAACAGGAUGCUGUGUUAAGUUGUGUUGCCACAAGACAAUGUCGUCAUCAGAAUACUGUCAAACUAAUCUGGGGCCCUCCCGGCACUGGGAAAACAAAGACAGUGGCUUCAUUACUAUUUGUUCUAUUGAGGAUAAAAUGCAGAACACUGACAUGUGCUCCAACCAACAUUGCAGUCUUAGGAGUUGCUUCACGGCUUAUGAGUUUGGUGAGUGGUGCACUUGAGUAUGAUUCACGGCUUAUGAGUUUGGUGAGUGGUGCACUUGAGUAUGAUACUUAUGGAUUGGGCGACAUAGUUUUAUUUGGUAAUGGGGAGAGAAUGAAGAUUGACGAUCAUGAAGACCUCUUCAAUGUGUUUCUUGAUUACCGUGUUUAUGCUCUUGGCCGUUGUCUUGCUCCGAGGUCUGGGUGGAAACAUAAUGUUGAAUCGAUGAUAUGUUUACUCGAAGACCCUGAAGAGAUGUACCGCAUGUAUUUGGAACGAGAAGAAAAGAACAAGAAUAAGGAUGAUGAUGAUGAUGAGGAGGAGGAGGAGGAGGAGGAGGAGGAGGAGGAGGAUGAGGAGGCGGAGGAGGAGGAAGAGGCAAGUUUUGGAAAUCAGAUGGCAAAUAACAAUGAAGACAAAGAGGAAGAUAGCGAUAAGGACUUGAAUGAUGGGGAUAAGAGGGAAAUUUGGAGGAGGGAAAUUGUUCAGACCUUGAAGGAAAACAAGAAAACGGAAAAGAAGAAGAAGGAGUCUUCAAAGAGAGAAGGGAAAUACUACAACUCAACUAGAAGUAACAAAGAAAAAGGAGAAAAGGUGGAGAAGGAUGAAGAUCCGAUGACAUUUGAGGAAUUUUUCAUGAAGAGAUUUAAACUUUUCGAAAAUCAGCUCAUCUUUUGUAUUACAAAUCUGUACACACAUAUGCCAACUUCUUUCAUUUCGGUGGAAGUGGUAAAGAAGAUGAUUAAGGCUCUCGAUUUGCUAAAAUCCAUUGGAACUAUGUGUACCCGUGCUGUUGUAAAUAAGGGUUUGAUAGAAGUCAUGAGUGGAGUUGACAACAUCGAUAACAUGAUUAAACACUAUGGAAAGUUGAGUUCUUCCAAAACAGAGUGCCUCCAAAUACUAAAGUUCCUCUCUGAAGCAUUAUGUCUGCCUAAUUUUACUGAACGCUAUAAAAUUCAGAGUUUUUGCUUGGAAAACGCAUACUUGAUAUUUUGCACGGCCUCAAGCUCGGCUAAAUUGCAUACUGAAGGAAUGAGACCACUGGAAUUGUUGGUUAUCGAUGAAGCUGCUCAACUCAAAGAAUGUGAAUCCACUAUUCCAUUGCAGCUCUCUGGCCUCUGUCAUGCUAUACUCAUUGGGGAUGAACGGCAACUGCCUGCAAUGGUCCAAAGCAAGCUAUGCGAGCUGGCUGAAUUUGGAAGAAGCUUGUUCGAGAGGCUGGUAAUAUUAGGACAUACGAGGCACCUUCUUAACAUCCAGUACCGAAUGCAUCCAUCAAUAAGCUUGUUUCCAAAUAGGGAGUUCUACGACAGCAAGAUUUUGGAUGGUCCUAAUGUAAAAGAAAGAACCUACGAGAGGCGUUUUCUUCAAGGAGGUAUGUACGGAUCCUAUUCUUUCAUCAACGUAACCCAUGGAAAAGAGGAAUUUGAUAGCAGGCAUAGCAGGAAAAACAUGGUAGAGGUGGCCGUGGUUUCCGAUAUUGUUGCAAGCCUCUUUAAAGAAUCUGUGGCAUCAAAACAAAAGGUCAGGGUUGGUUGCAUAUCGCCAUACAAAGCUCAAGUAUUUGCACUCCAAGAAAAACUUGGGAAAACAUACAAUACAGAUUCAAACGGUGACUUCUCUGUAAAUGUUAGAUCAGUUGAUGGGUUUCAAGGUGGUGAGGAGGAUCUCAUAAUCAUUUCUACUGUGCGGUGUAAUGGGCGUGGAUCUGUGGGCUUUCUUUCCAAUCGUCAGAGGACAAAUGUGGCUCUCACUCGCGCUAGGCAUUGUCUCUGGAUACUGGGCAAUGGUGCUACUUUGAUUAACAGCGGCUCUGUUUGGAAGAAACUAGUCGUCGAUGCCAAGGCUCGAAGUUGCUUUUAUGAUGCUACUGAUGAAAAGAACUUGGCCCAAGCUGUUGCAGGCGCCUUAGUUGAGCUUAACCAACUUGACACAGUACUCAGAACUGAUUCACUGUUGUUCCGUAAUACGAGGUGGAAGGUUUGUUUCAGUGACUACUUUAGGAAAUCCAUAUCUAGAAUCAAGAAUAUAGGUGUCCGUAAGGAAGUGCUUUCCAUCUUACAAAGGCUUUCAAGUGGCUGGGAUCAGCACCGAAAGGUUACCGUUGCAAAUAGGGGUGGGGCUUCUUCUCAACUGUUGGAGCUGGACACAGUCAAUGAAUUGCUGAAUCUUAUAUGGAGUGUGGACGUUGUCAACGAAAGUUCAAAAGACAUUCAGGUUCUAAAGGUCUGGGAUAUUUUGCCUACGGCUGAGAUACCAGUUCUAGCAAACCAUCUAGACACCGUGUUUGGGGACUAUACAGUUAAUAAGAUGAACCGCUGCUUAUGCAGAAGCUUCGAAGGGAAUAUAGUAGUUCCAGUGACAUGGCCAACCAACUCAAGUGCUCGUACGGAGGUUUCUCACGCUAAUGCAGAUUAUGUACGGUUCUUAGAAAGCCAAUUAGCUUCAUUAACCAUGAAGGAUGAGCCAGGAUCGUCGAUUACCAAGGACUCCAGAAACCAAGUGAAGUCCAAAAGGAACAAUCAGAGAAGACAGAAGCCAAGGGGAUGAAGAAGAGUUGGCAAUUCGUGAAGCAGUAGAGAGAGAACAGAACAACAUUUGGCUCAAGGAAAUCUGUUUGAAGUAUGGAUUUGUGAUGUUAACGUGUUUGGUUCAUGGUACUAGUUUUCUUGUUUUUUUUUAAAGUAAACUGGAAGGGAAAGAAAUAUUGAAGGGAAAAAGAGAUUUAGUAAGGUGGUGUUGGAUGAUCUGGUUCAGCACUUAAAAUUGGAUUUAUCAAGUGGUAAGUAGGUUUGUUAAA